AUGGAGCAACCGAAUGCUCGAGAGGUAGCCAGGGCAAGCUUGGACAAGGCUCGCAAAAUACACAAGGCUAUCUUGCAGAGGGUCAAAGAUUUGAAAGCAAGUCUGGGCGAUGCUCAACGCAGCAAGAAUGUCAAUCUUACGGCGAGCCUCGAGCAGAUCGAGAACCUCAUGAAAGAACUUCGCCUGGCUAGCAUGGCAGUCACUUUUUGUGACUUCGAGUAUGCUCACGAGAAGGAUGUUGAAGGUACCCUCUGGCAGGCACACGUCUCCUUUAAUGGGGAGUAUCGGCAGAUUGUAUCACGCGUCAACUCCCAGAACCAGGUAGUUCUGAAGCGCAAAGUCGACAAGUUGUACCGCGACUUUCUCAAGACCGCCCAGGACUUCUAUCGUGGAUACAUACAGCGACUCUCGGCUCAGUUUUGGAUCCCAGAGCUACAACAGGCUGCUCGCGGGCUAGACAUUCAAUCACCGCAGAUCCCUCAACAAGAACAAGCUCCACCAGCCGCGCUGCGGACAAAGCUGCUGGGUUCUUGCUACUUGACCCUUGUUCGCCUUGGAGACCUGGCUCGAUACCGCUGUCAAGCGUCGGACAAGCCCCCAAAGGCCAGCUUUGAGAUCGCAUUGACCUACUAUGGCCUAGCCCACGAACUAGAUCCUGAUGAUGGUGCAUCCCACCAUCAGACUGCCGUCCUGUAUCAGCCUUCGGCAAAUCAUCUAGAAAUCAUUUACUAUUUCCUGCGAUCUAUCUCUGUCGCGAAGCCCCAUAAACUCGGGGCCGGGAAUCUCGAGAGGGCAUACAAGAGUCUUCUUGAUAACCAGCCGGGCUCUCGAUCAAACGCAAAGAACGCAGCCGCCAGAGAUGCCUUUGAGCCCCUGACCACAUGGCUCCUGAAGCUGCAUGCUCAUUAUUACCAAGGCGCACAAUUCUCGGCUCGCGAAGAGCUCGAGAAGGAGGUGUUGCACCGUUGGCAAGUGUGCCUCAAGACGGAAGGGAGCGAAGAAUUUGCUCUCAAGAUGCUGCUUCUGAAUAUUGCGGCAUGUGAUGUUGCAUUCGAUAAAGUCAAAGAUAUCUCGACCUGGACGAUAGAGGGAUCUCGGUCGUGCAAUCAUUUAUUGGUUUUCAAAGUACGUGUUGCUGUGGUGUUGUUCCGGACUGUCAAGUCGGUCCUCGAAGACGAAGCCGCCAAAUUUGCCGGCGACGAACAGCAAAGUGACAUGAGCACAAACGAACUGUCUCCAACCCUGGCACGACUGCUUCCUCUCACUCGCAUCUACUUUGCCUGGAUCUAUGCCUCCAGAGCAUAUCUGGUUCGGUUUCAAGAGUGGCUUGAGCCUUACGUUUGGGAGCUUCACGGCCUUCUCGCGGAUGUAUUGACUUUACUGUUGCCCCUCGCGAUCUCGAACGAGGACCUUGUUGAAUCAAAAUAUCUUCUACCUGAAGAUAGAAAGGCGCUUGGUCUCAGGCCCCUCUUGGAUCGCAAAUUGCCACUUUUCUUUGAUGUCCAGAUUGUUCCAGGCUUGAACCCGCCCAAGUGCCGCAAAUCUGUAAAGUUGCGGAAAGAGGCCCUGGGACUUGACUGCGGUUCUCACACUGAGAACAUCUGGCGCAUUCGGGACAUCCUCUGCUGCGGUAUCUACCUAGCCGGCAGCGGCAAAUCCCCUCUGACCAUCACGACAAAGGGCGACGGAGCUGUUGCUUGGGUGUAUCCCCAGGACGGAGCCGGCGAAAAUCGGUUUGAUGAUAUCAGCGUCACGCGGAUGCUUGGAAGACUGAAAAUCAGCGCGCUCAAAGCUCCCGCAAUGGUCGAGGACUCAGUCGAAGGAAGUGCUUUUGCACCCAACCAGGCCGCUUCGUCUGCACACCGCGGACAAAAUGUCAGCGUGUCAUCGUUUCAGCUGGGACCAGAGGGGCGACGACCAGACGUCGAGCCAACUGCCACAAGUGCCGCAUGGCAACCGAAGGAUAAUGGCGGUGGCGCUUUGGAUGAGGAGUUUGGUGCCGAUAGUGCCAUGGCCGACAUGGUGAACAAGCUCAUCGAUGAUGACGAUGAAGACGAGAAUACCCGACCCCGAUCGAGCAAGGCGCAUAUCGACACAACCUACGGCCUGGAUUCAUCUGCAGCAAACGACAUUUUUGCCAACUUGGUCCCCACCCCGGGCGCUCAGAAGUUGGCAGCGAGCGCUUCGUGGGCCCAAUCUAAUGCAAAGGCCCUCCCAAGUCUCCCCUGGAACUACUUCUACAGCCCUGCGCCCAACGAUCCCGGAACUGAUCACACUAGUGGACACGGUCACGAUGUACCGCGAACCGUUCAAGGACAGCUUGGAGGAUCUGUAUAUGGCCGUUCACCAGGCCAGGAUACACACCCCACUGGUCCCUACACUCCAAAUGUCGGUAAUUUUCCAAUGUACGGCAAUCAGCAGGAAGCUCGCACCGCCCAGGGACCGGUCGUUAACCCAGGCGCGCAGCGCCCUAACCCGAGCAGCCCAAGCUACUCAUCCGACCAGCGUAAUUCCGCGCUUGAUAAUCUCAAGUCCGCAUUGUACGCGCAGUACGGUCCAGGUGCAAGUGGCAACGUAGUGUCGCCCAGCUUUGGGUACCGGCAGCCAGUGUCGCCGGAUCAGGGCAACUCAAGACGCUCUGUUCACGGUCAUCCAUCCAGAGCAUCCAUCUCCUCCUCAUCCGCCGACCUCAGAGGUUCCCGCGAUUUUGGAGCUCAGAACAAGGACGCCAUUACUCAAGGCUUAACGAGUCUCCAGCUCGAUCGAGGCUUUGGCAGUGGCGUCAACCAAUCACCCCUUCUUGGCGGGACCAACGGUGCCAGAGGAGGUGCUCAAGCCCAAGCAAGUACAAUCAGCCCUCUCAGCACCGGGCACGGCUUCAACCGUCCCGGUAGUCAAGGCCUCGGACAAGAUAGGUGGAACAGCUCGCCAGAGGGCAGCACGGGUUUGUUCGCCCAGCAGGUCGCAGCCUUCCCUGGCAAUGACACGUCUCUGGCCUUCUCCAACCCCGGCAGCCUCUGGAGCAGCACGCCGGCGAUAACUGACGGCCCACGAGGUACGGUUGCCUGCAACGGGAACUUCUUCAAUGCAACCACGCCGUUUGGUCGAAGCGGCGACGUGAACAACAGAGAUGACCCGACGCACUUCCGCAACAAGCUGAAGGAGCUCGGCGCGGGACAGUCGCUCGCCACCAACUACGACCGAGCCAUCCUCGAGUCGGCGUACGCAGAGAAUCCCAGUACCCGGUCUCGUCAGCAGUGA